AAACUCGUGGGGAUUGCAAAUAACCUAUAUCUAUGGGAAUGCAUAUUGCACUGUUUAAUUUCAAAGUGAAUGUAAUUGCCGCAUGUCCACUGUUGUUCGCACAAAGCAAAAAUGUACAGGGCUAGAACAGUCUUUAGUUCGUUAACUCCCCUGGUGGCUCCAAGGAUAUGUGGAGCAGAAAGAUUUGCCAGUUGGUUAGUACGUGGUCAUCCACUUAUUCGUAAUUCACAAGUUGUCGUUGGAUUGGAGCCGACACGACGUUAUGGGAGUAAAGUUGCUACUGAGCCAUUCCUCAACGGAAGCACCAGCUCGUACGUUGAGGAAAUGUACAAUGCCUGGUUGAGAGAUCCUAACAGUGUCCACGUCUCCUGGGACUCUUUCUUCAGAAAUAGUACAGCAGGUGCUGGGCCAGGUCUCGCUUACCAAUCGCCACCGUCUCUAGCCCCACGACAUGACCAAGUACCACUGGGAUCUCUCCUACCACUUGGUGGCUCUCAAGUUGGACAAGUACCGAUCAAUGAGAAGGUCAUCGACGAUCACCUCGCUGUCCAGGCGAUCAUUCGGUCAUACCAGGCCCGGGGUCAUUUAGUCGCUGAUUUGGAUCCCCUUGGUAUUAUGAGAGACGACUUGGUGCACACGCAUUAUGCAUCCCGUAAGGGGGCACCUGAGCGUGUCCUGCGGCAAUAUAUGCUUGAGGAGUCCGAUAUGGAGAGAGUCUUCAAACUCCCGUCGACGACGUUCAUCGGUGGCAAGGAGAAAUCCCUGCCUCUUCGUGAAAUCUUGAAGAGGCUGGAGAAUGCCUACUGCGGUCACAUUGGGGUUGAGUUUAUGUUUAUAAAUUCAUUGGAACAGUGCAAUUGGAUUCGUCAGAAGAUGGAAACACCUGGUGUUAUGGAGGUGACAAAUGAUGAGAAACGCUUGAUUCUGGCGCGUCUGACGCGUGCUACGGGUUUCGAAUCAUUUUUAGCAAGAAAAUGGGCAUCUGAGAAGCGAUUCGGUCUUGAGGGCUGCGAAAUACUCAUCCCAGCGAUGAAACAGGUCAUUGACAAAUCCACCGAACUCGGGGUUGAGUCUAUCGUCAUGGGGAUGCCCCAUCGUGGUCGUCUCAAUGUCCUGGCCAAUGUUUGUCGCAAGCCACUCAAUCAAAUAUUCACGCAAUUCGCUGCUCUCGAAGCCGCUGAUGACGGCUCUGGAGACGUUAAAUAUCAUCUAGGGACUUACAUCGAACGUUUGAAUCGUGUUACCAACAAGAAUAUUCGUCUCGCUGUUGUUGCCAAUCCAUCGCAUCUGGAGGCUGUAGAUCCUGUUGUCCAGGGGAAGACGCGCGCCGAACAAUUUUAUCGUGGGGACGGAGAAGGCAAAAAAGUCAUGUCCAUACUUUUGCACGGCGAUGCUGCUUUCUGUGGACAAGGUGUUGUCUUCGAGACAAUGCACUUGUCAGAUUUACCAGACUACACGACCCACGGUACGAUCCACAUCGUGGCCAACAAUCAGAUUGGAUUUACAACGGAUCCACGACACUCUCGAUCGUCUCCGUACUGCACAGACGUUGCACGUGUCGUUAAUGCACCUAUAUUCCAUGUUAACUCUGACGAUCCAGAGGCUGUGAUGCACGUGUGCAAAGUAGCUGCUGAAUGGCGUGCCACGUUUCACAAGGACGUUGUCAUUGACAUCGUGUCAUACAGGAGAAAUGGCCACAACGAGAUUGACGAGCCCAUGUUCACCCAGCCCCUUAUGUACCGUAAAAUUCGAAAUACAGCACCAGUUCUCGAUAUUUAUUCCAAAAAAUUAACAGACGAGGGAGUUGUGACGCAGGAGGAGGUGAAAGACGUCAAGGAUAAAUACGAGAAGAUAUGUGAAGAGGCGUACAGCGGUGCACGACAGGAGACUCACAUAAAGUACAAGGAUUGGCUGGAUUCGCCUUGGUCUGGCUUCUUCGAAGGAAAGGAUCCACUGAAAGUGUCACCCACUGGAGUUAAAGAGGACACCCUCAUUCACAUUGGAAAGAAAUUCUCGUCCCCUCCACCGAAUGCUGCUGAAUUUGUCAUUCAUAAAGGUAUUGAGCGUAUUUUGAAGGCUAGGAUGGAGAUGGUGGAGUCGAGACAAGUGGAUUGGGCCCUGGGGGAGGCGAUGGCCUUCGGAUCACUCCUCAAGGAGGGAAUUCACGUGAGAUUAUCUGGACAGGAUGUCGAGAGGGGUACAUUCUCACACAGACAUCAUGUCCUCCAUCAUCAGAGUGUCGACAAGGCCACGUACAGGCCUCUCUGCUAUCUUUAUCCUGAUCAGGCACCCUACACUGUUUGCAACAGCUCACUCUCUGAAUUCGGUGUGCUGGGAUUUGAGCUCGGUUACUCCAUGACGAAUCCCAAUGCACUUGUCUGCUGGGAGGCACAGUUUGGAGAUUUUAAUAACACUGCACAGUGUAUUAUCGAUCAGUUUAUCAGCAGUGGGCAGGCUAAAUGGGUGAGACAAUCGGGAAUUGUGAUGUUACAGCCACAUGGUCUUGAGGGAAUGGGCCCUGAGCACUCGAGUGCACGUCUUGAACGGUUUCUUCAGAUGUCAGCUGAUGAUCCUGAUUAUUUCCCACCUGAGAGUGAGGAGUUCGCUGUCAGGCAGCUUCACGACAGCAACUGGAUUGUUGCCAACUGCAGCACACCAGCUAAUUAUUUCCACAUUCUGAGGAGACAGAUUGCUCUGCCGUUCAGAAAACCUCUCAUUCUCAUGACGCCCAAGUCUCUUCUUCGUCAUCCUGAGGCGAGAUCUAGUUUUGAUGUCAUGACAGAGGACACGCAGUUCCUGAGGGUUAUUCCUGAGGAGGGACCUGCUGCACAGAACUCUGGCAGUGUUAAGAGGUUGAUAUUCUGCUCGGGGAAGGUCUACUACGAUCUGACCAAGGCCAGGAAUGAGAGGAGUUUGAAUGACAAAGUGGCCAUUGCCAGGGUGGAGCAAAUUUCUCCAUUCCCACAUGAUCUCGUUAAGAGAGAAGUUGAGAAAUAUCCAAAUGCUGAGAUCUACUGGACCCAGGAGGAGGCGAAAAAUCAAGGGGCUUGGUCUUACGUUCAGCCAAGAUUUGUCACAGCCCUCAAUGGCACUCGCAAUGUUUCUAAUAGGGGCUCAGAUAAAAAUAGUGGUGGUUGGUUAAGUGCGUGGCUUACAUCCUCCAAACCGACAAAAUCCCAGUCUGUACCUGAGUCGACACAAAUAUCUAAACCUCGUACUAUCAGAUAUGCUGGUCGAGCUUGCGCCGCAUCACCAGCGACAGGUAGUAAAAUGCAGCAUCUCAAGGAACUCAAACAGUUGUUGGACGACAGUUUCAACAUUUAAAGUCAGUCAUGUGUAGCACUAUUGUAGGAAAAAACGAAAUCAUUUUAUUUAUUGUCCCCUGAUCGUAAGUUAACUGAACCUUCUGUAAAAAAAAAACAUGUAUAUCCCACUGAUUUCAGCAGAGGUGUAAAAAUGACGAAAUUAUUGCAAAUAUGCCGGUAUUGACGCCUCUGUACCUCCACUAUUAAUGGUUUCUUGACUAUUACUCAAUUAUAAAAAAAUGUGAAAAAGAUAGAACAGUACUAAUUAUUUUUAAUGAGAAAAGCGUUUGUGAAUUAACAGUUGGAGAUUGAAGUGAAAAUGGUGAAAAAUGGAAACAAUAGUCCUCUGAAAAUUAACAAUCAAGUAUUAUUUUUCAUUAAUUUUUGUUGUGAUGAGUAAAGAGAGAAGCAACUGGAGCACAUGAACAUGUGAUUCUACAGUACUUUAAAUGAGUUUCCAAUAAAUAUUCUUACAAAUCUAUGUCAGUAAAAA